AUGGCCACGGUUUCAGGAGCGGCUCUAGCUCGGAGGGCUCUCUGGGGUGCCGGCAAUCGUUGUAUAUAUAGAGCCCGCCAGCCCGCAAUUCAGAAGCGUUUCCAGACCAUUCAAUCCGGUGAGUGCUAUCUUGACCUUUUCCCCUUGCAUUGCACUGAACUGACGUUCUUGUGUCCGAANGCACCUUCUACCACGCCUCCUCUCAACAACCCUUCAGAUCCGACACCUCCUCCGCCUCGCUCCCGUACCUCUCGUGUCCUCGGCGCAACCGCUCUUUUCGUAGUCGCAACAGCCGCCGGUCUAGCAAUGUCUGUCGCUCCAGCCAUGGAGACAGCCAAUGGCUUCCUCCAGCCUCCUACCAAUGCUGAGACACUCUCUCUGUUCGUACCUGCCGGCCCCGAGGCCGAAGAGAUCAACAAGCGCAUCGUCUCGAACCCUCUCGCCGAGUCUCUGCGCGCAAACCCCCAAUGGAUCGAGUCCAGACCGCACAUGAAGAUUCCCGCCAACAUGAGAUCGCAUAACCUGACGGCGGGUACUUUGCAAGGAGACGACAAGAUUGCUUCGCCGCCUCUGACUUUUGCAAACACAAAGGCCGAGCUGCCUUCGAUUGUGCAGAUUGCUCACCUCGGUGAAAAGCUGUGCGGACACCCUACAAUUAUUCACGGAGGUCUGCUCGCUACUCUUCUGGACGAGGGUCUCGCUCGCGCCUGUUUCCCUGCUCUGCCCAACAAGGUGGGCGUUACAGCGAGCUUGAACAUCACAUAUAAGAAGCCUUGCCCGGCGAACAGCUUUAUUGUGCUCAGAGCAGAGACUACCAAGGUCGACGGUAGAAAAGCCUGGGUCAAGGGUUGGAUCGAGAUCCUGGGCGACGGUGUCGAAGAGAGCGAGCAUUUGGUCGAGGCUGAAGCCUUGUUCAUUGAGCCUAGAGGCGCAAAGAACAUGGCCAGACUCUACUCCAGCGACGAGUAA